AUGGCUGGGUUCUUCUCUCUAGGAGGAAGGCAUAACAAAGCAGAAGAAGAAGAGGAUCAGAGAGAAGACAACAACACCAACAACAACAGUCAAUUUUUGUUCAGAAACGUUAACGAGGAGAUCUACAACACCAACAAGGGCUUCGAGAUAUGGCCACAAUCCUCGUACCACCACAACUUCACAAACUACUACUCCUUCGGCGUGGGCCCUAGUCGCAGAAACAACAACAACAACAACAAUAGCUCCUCCAACAACGUGAACGACGACGUUUCUGUCUCUUUCUCGGAUGAGUCCAACCGGUUCGGCUUCACGGUGAUGAGGCCCGGUGGCGGCUUGGGUGGCGGCGGAGGCGGCGGCAUGAACUGUCAGGACUGUGGGAACCAAGCCAAGAAAGACUGUUCGCACCUCAGAUGCAGAACCUGCUGCAAGAGUCGAGGGUUUCAGUGCCAAACGCACGUUAAGAGCACUUGGGUUCCCGCCGCCAAACGCCGUGAACGACAGCAACAACUCGCUGCGUUGCAGCAACAAAAUCAACCACCACAGUUUCGUGGAGAUCACUCGAAGCGACACAGAGAAAGUAUCGAAGGUGCUGCAACUGGUGUUUCUGCUGCUGCUGGUUCUCUCGCUUGCGCUCCAGUUCCUAUCACCACCAUAGGGUUGGAGGUGGGGCAAUUUCCACCGGAGCUAAACUCUCCAGCGGUGUUUCGGUGUGUGAAAGUGAGUGCAAUGGAUGCACCGGACGAGCGUUACGCAUACCAAACCGCAGUGAACAUUGGAGGGCACGUGUUCAAGGGAAUUCUCUACGAUCAAGGAGCGGACGGUCCUUACGCCAGUGCAGCUUGCGAGGGUUCCUCCGGAGGCGGCGGCGGUGAAACUCGGCCACUCACUCUCAUGGCCGCCACAACCGCCGCCACAACAACCGGAAACCCUUUUGACGCUUCACUCUACACGGCUCCGAUGAAUGCUUUCAUGGCUGGUACGCAAUUCUUCCCACCCCCAAGAUCCUAA